AUGGCAGUAACGAGGAACAAGAGGCCCGCCAGCGAAGACCCCGAGGACGCGACACACAAGAAGCAACGUCUCGAGCAGGCCCCGAAAGAGAAGCGCAACGCCACCAAAGAAGCAUUAUCCACCGCCCCCAUCCUACGAAACAUCCUCUGUCGGCUGCCACUGCUGGAGAGACUCUGCGCUCGCCGUAUCAACAAAUCCUUCAAAGACACCAUCGACACCUUCCCAGAUCUCUACUACGUCCCAUUCUACGACCCCAUACCCGGCCCUCGAGAAUUCAUCUUCUGGCAACCCUACGACAAACUCGGCAACAACGGCCCCUUCAUCGCCGACGCACGCUGGGAGGACAAGCUACAAGCGUAUUCACCUGCCCCCAUCAUCACCGUGAACCCCCUCAUCGAGCGCAUGGACGCCUACGUCAAACAGCACUCCCUCCCGCGCUCCGCUAUGAGGGCGCAGCCAGCGCCGGGCAAAUUCGGUUUCAAGCUUCGCAUCUAUCCGCAAUGGUUGGUCGCCAUGGAGCGGGACUUUCGGGACAGGAGGUGGCGGAAUAUGUACAUCACGCAGCCACCGUGCCUUGAGAUUAAGGAGUUGGAGCUGGCGCACCCGGGUGGGAUUACGCUGGGGUUGUUGGCGGACGAAUGUGUGAGGAUGCAGGCGAUGGAGCGGCUGGUGAAGCAGUUGGAUGAGGAGGAGGAUGUGCCGGCGGCGUCGCCGUUCAAGGUCGAGUUGUUUGGAGUUAGGGAGGGGUCGUUUCCGGUGAGGAUGGCGAGGGGUGAGAUUGAGAGAGGGACUUUGUUUGUGCCGGCGUUGCAUGGAUUUUGA